UCUAAUAUUUAAGAAAUCAUAAAUGAGACAAACUUUGAAAAAAAGAAAAAAUAAUAACUUUUUCCCAAAUCAACUUUAAAUAUGAACAACUUUUGAAAAAGAAGUAAAAAAAAAUAACUGUAAGCAGUGCAAUCGCUGAAAUGUGUUAAGUUUUGCCACGCCCCCCCAAACAAUUUGUGCAAUAACAGUUUAACUAAAUCUUAGCCCCCUUCAACUCGCGAGCCAAAGGCAGUCAGUAUAAACAGCAAACAUUUUGCCCUCAUUUGCACAACUAAAAAUGCUCAAUAUGGAGUCACCACAGAUGUACGACACCGUGCAGACGCUCUCCCAGCUGGACCUCAAAAAGCAGCCACCGCCCCAACAGGCCAUCAUCGGCCAGAUCACGCUGACGGCCAUGUCCAGCGGCCAGCAGCAGCAGCACCAACAACGUUGCAAACAAUAUUAACAACAACAACAAUCCAAACAACAACAACGCACCGAUGCCAACAACAACAACAGCAAUAAUGUUGGUAAUUUGGCUGCUGCCGCAGCUGUUGCUGCACAACAACAACAAAACGCUGGACUGGUGGUCAAACAACAUGCGGUGCAUCAAAUGCAGCAUGCCGCCGCCGCGCUCAACAACAACAAUAAUGCCUCCGCCAUUAAUGCGAAUGUGAAUAAUGUGAAUAAUUUGCUGCAAAAACAAAUGCUACAACAAUACACACAAUCCGAUCUGGAUGAGUUGACCGCGCAGGAGAUCACUUUGGAUCUGCAACACCUGAUCGACGAUCAGUUUCGCGAGCAGGAGGGUUUGGGCAUCUUCAGCGAUAUGGUCACCAGUCCGGGCGGUUUGUCGGCCACGCUGCCGCCCAACGGCAUGGUUAGUGCCGCGGCAAAGGUGCUGCAACAACAUCAGCUACAACAACAAACGUUACGCACACAACAACACAACUAUGGACGCAGCGCCUUGGCGUACAUGCCGCAAGCGGUGCACUCGGGCGCAGCCUACAGCAACAAUUCCAGUGAUGAGAACUCGUCGGUGGGUUCGGACUCGUCCACCAUCAAAGAGGAACCCAUCGAUCCGGAAUAUCGCCGUCAUCUGCAAGAAACCAAUGCCAAUAAUGCAGCAGCCGCCGCUUUCAUAACAAAUAGUGGCGCCAACGGGCUCUACAAUCCGUAUCAGACGGCGGCAAACAAUGGGCCGGUGGGCAAUAACGGCGGCAUGAGCAAUGGCGUCGGCGGCGGUGCGCCCAACUUCACCAAUCUGACCUCAGCCAAUGUGUUGGCACAUCACUCCGUGAAUUUACCGCAUUUGGCGGCCGGCGCACACCUACUCAAACACCACAACAAACAGCUGCACCAUCAACGCAAAUCUUCGCUGAAACAUGUCGAUAAGGGCAGCGAAGAGUAUCGUCGGCGACGCGAACGCAACAAUAUAGCGGUGCGAAAGUCGCGCGAGAAGGCCAAGGUGCGCUCACGCGAAGUGGAGGAGCGCGUCAAGACGUUGCUCAAGGAGAAGGAGGCGCUGCUGCGUCAACUGCAGGAGAUGACCAACGAAAUCCAGUUACACAAGCAGAUCUACAUGCAGCUGAUGAAUCAUGCGAAUCCGGAAGUGAGUCGCGUGUGCCGCAGUUUCCUCAACACCAACGAUCAUGGGCUUUAGAAGCGCCCACAGGACGA